UUCUAACGCUUGUUACUUUUACUAUUUUCCGACAAAGGUCCCACUGUCUCUUUGUCUUCAUUCGCUCAUCGUAGUCUCUGAUCUAAUCUUCUUCUUCUUCUUCAACUUUUUGUUUCCAUCAUCAUGUUUGGUGGGUUAUCUUCACUUUCCGAUUCUUUCUGGUGAGCAUUAAAUGGGGGAUAUGGAAGUUGCUAUUGCCAGUGGUGAAGAUAAGAUAAUGAAAGCAAAUAAAGAAAUGCAAGUGUCUAUAUCUUUUGGCAAGUUUGAGGAUGAUUCACUUUCAUGGGAGAAAUUCUCUUCCUUCUCUCCAAACAAGUACUUGGAGGAAGUGGAGAAGUGUGCAACUCCAGGAUCAGUAGCUCAGAAGAAGGCCUACUUCGAAUCACAUUACAAGAAGAUAGCUGAGAGAAACGCCGAGAUCAUCUUGGAGCAGGAGAAGAAACAGUUGGAGAGGAAUCAAUCUUUCAGGCAAAGUCUUGAGAAUAGUGGAAACAGAAACAGUGUUAUGAUCGAGUCUAGCGCUUGUUAUGGAUCUGAUGGCGAAUCUACUUCAGAAAAAGACAAGAUUGUGAACAGCAUUGCUACUGAAGUGAAUGAUACAUGUAACCAUGAGCCUCUUGAAGAAACUAUGAAGGUUGAGGUUGUGGAGGAUCUGAAUACGCUGAAGAUGGAGAAACUUGAAGAGAUUGUGAGCGGUGAGGAAGAACCAGAACUGAUUGUCCAAGUGGAGCAUAAAGAGAAACCAGAAGAGGUUGUUUGUAUAGAGGAAGAAGUAAAAGAAGAUAUUUCUUCAAAGGAUACACCAUUGAAGGAGGCCAAGAAAGAGAUAGAUCAGCAUCUAAUCAAGAAGACAGAUAAAAAUGUGAGAACAAACCAUACAAGAACCUCUCCCAAGCCUAAUCAGGUGACCAAUAAGCCAGUAGCGAGUAAGGUUGUAACUAGAAGUAAAACUCAACCAAGCAAGGAGAAAAGCAUGAUCAAAGCAGCAGCAACAAAUAAAGCAGCAUCAGCUGUCUCAAAAGCCUCAAAGUUUUCAACUCCAAGGGUGUCCAAGCCAGCUUCAACAAUAAGCUCAAUGUCUACUUCAGUCAAGAGGGAGAAUGUCUCGACUCUACCGAGAAAGAAACAAACCGCUCCAAAGACGUUACACGCUUCUCUCAACCUGAACCAACCGAGCUCUGACCCUUCUGAUCUUGCUACCACCAGAAAGUCCUUGAUCAUGGAGAGAAUGGGAGAUAAAGAAAUCGUGAGACGCGCUUUUAAGUCUUUCCAGAAGAGUUUUGACCAAAUGAAACCAUCUCAAGAUACAGCUCCAAAGCAGGUUCCUGGCAAGGCAACUAGUGUUUCCAAGUUAGCUACUACUGGUCUGAAAGAUAAUGGCAGGCUUGCUAAAUCAGAUGGCACGGAGAAAAAAGGCUCUAACUCUCACCGCUCUUCAUCUUUUGUACCGAAAAGCAGCAGGACAGCAGAGAAACAGGAGCUAUCCAGGCCUGGAGCAAGAGCUGUAGAGAAGACACGUAUACCAGCUAAACCAAAGGCAGAAGUAACUAAUGCCAAAACGCGGAGACAAAGUCUUGAUCCAAAAGCAAAAUCUAUGCAAGGAGAUCUCCCAAAAGGCUCUUCAGACAAACUUAUUCUGUAACAGAUGAGCACUGUUUUAUUAUGAUUUCCUGGAGGGUUCCAUGGACUAAAUCUCAAGGUAAAGAUUAUUACCAGCACUUUUUUCAGGAAACAUGGAUAGAAAAUAUCCUUUCUUUCAAGUAACACUCAAGAGGUAAAGAUUCAAUGAUGUAUGUUAUAUAGAGAAGUCACCAAGUUUCCAUUAGUUAUGUGAGGAAAGUAUUACAAAAAGUCUUUUGUUUAAUGUAUGUGUAUAGAGUCUAUGGAAUAUAAACGUGAGAAUGAUGUUAGAUGCUCAAUAAAGGACAGCAUAAUUUAAAAUCAA